AUGGAAGAAUUCCCUCAAGAAAAUCCUUCAGCCGAUGGGCUCGGCCACUUACGUCCCACCUCCACGGGCCGGCUCCUUGACCUCAUCGAGCAGGUCAGGGCAAAGGGCGUCGGCGACGUCGUGUCUCUACCUCAACUUGUCGUAUGUGGUGACCAGUCCGCCGGCAAGAGCUCCGUCCUGGAGGGCAUCACCGGCAUGCCCUUUCCUCGGAAGGAUGGGCUGUGCACCAGGUUUCCCACAGAGAUCAUAAUGCGGCAUGCUCGGGCGAGUGACACCUCCAUCGUCGCCAGCAUUCGACCAAGUAACUCAAGCACCCCGGGAAUCCAUCAAACCCUUGCAGCUUAUCGAAGACAAAUGGAAGGCAUGGCCGAGCUGCCCGAUGUCAUUAACAAGGUGUCCCGUCUCAUGAACAUCCGUGGCUAUGGAGACAAGGGCAGUCGCGCCUUUGCCGCCGACUCCCUUCGCAUCGAGAUCACCGGUGCUACUAGGCUGCAUCUGAGCGUUGUGGACCUCCCUGGUCUUAUAGCCGUGUCCAACGAGGAGCAAACGCAAGAUGAUGUCGAGGCAGUCCACGACAUGGUCGCCUCAUACCUCCGGAACCCACGAUCCAUUAUCCUCGCCGUGCUCCAGGCGAACAACGACAUGGCCAAUCAGCCAAUCAUCAAACUGGCGCGGCAGCACGACCCCCAGGGAGAGCGCACAGUCGGCAUCAUUACCAAGCCAGAUCUGAUCAACAAAGGUUCGGAAGCCAAGCUUGCUCUCAUUGCCAAAAACCAGGACAGUAUCAAGCUGAAGCUGGGGUUUUUCCUGGUCAAAAACCCCAGCCCCCAGGAGAUGAGCGAGGGUCUCACCAAGGAUGCGCGGUCCGCUCGCGAGCUGCGUUUCUUCUCAAGCGCAGAGUGGGCACGGCAAGGCCUCGACAUGGACCGCGUCGGCAUAGCGAACCUUCGCGCCUUUUUGCAAAAAUUGCUCGACACGCACAUCGAGAGAGAGCUGCCCAACGUCCGCGACGAGAUCAAGAAGGCUUUGAAAGACGGGACUGACCAGCUCAAGGAUCUGGGAGAUGCCCGUUCGAGUAUUGGGCACAUUCGAUCUUUCAUGACAGACAUCAGCAUGAAAUUCUGCCAACUGUUGCAGGCGGCUCUUGACGGAAGUUACCACAGCAUCGACGCUCGUUUCUUCGACAACCCCGAUUCUAGAUUACGGGCCCGUAUUCAAGAGACCAACACCAAUUUUGCCGCGCAUAUGCAGCAGUAUGGUCAGAAACGCAAGGUGUCAGACUCGGCCGAGGGCGAAUCUGUGAAUUCGACAAAGUCGUCCGACUCUUCAGGCCAGAACAGAACAGGUGAUCAACCAGCCCAACUCACAGUAUCGAAAAAAUCAAUGAUGGCCUGGGUGAAGAAGGUUUACCUCAGCACAAGAGGCCGCGAAUUGCCUGGAAAUAACAAUCCGGCAUUUCUGGCAGAACUCUUUCUGGAGCAGUCCCGCCUAUGGCCUGGUCUUGCUGAACAUCACAUCUGUAAUGUGCUGGGCAUUGUGUCCGGUUGGAUGCCAGUAGCUCUGCGUAAAACCAUCAGCGAAGACAGUGUCCGCGGACAUGUCCAUGCCAUAUUGACAGAAUGGCGGGACACUACCGAAAAGCUCGCUCUGGGUGAGCUGGAGAGACUGGUCGAGGACGAAAGGCGGGAUCCCCUGACAUACAACCAUUACUACACGGACAAUGUCCAGAAGGCCAGGCUCAACAGCCAGAAGGAGGCCAUCAGGAACGCAGUCAGCCACGCGAUAGCAGUGGAUCAUCGUGGAAAGCUGCUUAUUGGCAACACACGUGAGGAUCUCGAGGGGCUCAUUUCCUCCAUGGAGUCACGCAUCACACUCGACAUGGAUGAACAGGCGUGUAACGAAGCUGCGACGCAGCUCGAUGCGUACUACAAUGUCGCCCUGAAGACUUUUAUCGACAACGUGACGCGGCAAGUUGUCGAGCGCCAGAUAAUGGCUCCUUUCCGGGACGCCUUUUCUCCAAAGGCAAUCUCGCAGCUGUCGGAUGAAGAGCUGCUACGAAUCGGCAGCGAGCCAGAAGAGCAAACCCGAAAACGCGAGCAGCUGAGCAAGAUGGUCCAGGGGUUGAAGGACAGCCUCAAGCAGCUGGACCGGCUCUGA